UGAUCAUAAAUGAACUGUUGAGCGUUUGAAUUAUACAUUCUUUUUUGAUUAGUUGUUGUUGCUUCAAAUUCGCUGGUAAUUUUCUGUUCUUGCCGUAUGUUGAAGUAUCAAAAAUUAGGUCUCUAAAACCUGGAUCAACCGCAUAAAAUUUUGAUACAGAGAAAUCUGUGGACGCUUUGCUUGGUAGAAAAUCAAAGUGUUUUGAGAGUUCUAACAAAAAAAACUGAAAUAUUGAAAAGUCGCGGCGAUUCUGUGUUUUUUUGCGCAAAAAGUGAUUUAUAUCAAACUUAUCUCAGACAUUUGAUUCGACUCAGACAAUCGAAUUAUUUACAUGGACAACAUCUGACUUGAGUUCUGUUCCUGUCAUUCCAUUCAACACGCUGUUCAUUACCAGGAACUCGAUUAUCAAACCAAAACUAAAAGGGGCGAUUUUGGCUCUUUGGUUGGAUUGUCAAACUCAUACAAGCGAUCUAGAACAAGGAUAACACAGAAGAAGGAUCAAAAGAAUAGUUUCAAAGAGCAGAAUAACAAUUGAUUGCCGCAGACAUGCACCUGUACACUGCUAUAGUGAUCUGCAUUGUGUUCGUCUGUCUAAUGAGCGUGGUGAUUGUGAAUGAGACCAUCUCUGUGAUCGAAGUCCUCUCCACUCUCGUGUCCUCAGUCGAGAUCCUCUCACUCUCCGGACCACAUAGAUACUCCAUGAUUGGACUGAGUGGGAUGUACCAGAAUGAGAGUUCAUUCAAUGUGAGUGACAUCUGCGACUGCAAAGUGGAGACAAGUAGAGACAGCACCAACUGCUCCCUCCUCACCCUCCUCCACCAGCCUCAGGGGGAGCAAGUGGCCGAUGACCCCUCCCUCCACAGAAUACUACUACUCACAGCUGGUCCUCGUGAUUGGCAGCAGCGGGAGUCGGUGGUGUUCGAGUGUCUCCACUCGUUCGUGCCCCUCAUUACCUACUUCGUCAUGCCCCAGGACUACCAGGCCAUACAGGACACUGUGCAGUCCAACAAUGAGAAUGUAUCCGACCAUCUGGACGAGAGCAUCUUCAACAGUCCCUCCCCCUGGAUCAAUUCCAACACCAUCAACCAGGUGUUGCUAUCCAGGGAAGACCACUACAACAAACACGAACUGGAAAAGAGCUACAUAAAGACCAUUGUGUCGCAGGCGUCACACGACCAAGAAGGCUUCACCCAGAUCACCUUCAGCUGGAGGGAGGGACAGGUGACGAAGAUAGACAAGUUCCACAAUGGGUCCUACUGGUCGCUCGCCACCCUCAUGUGCACUGUGCUUCUGGGGGUGGAGAGGUGUGUCGCUUUUGUGAACAGGGCCAAGAACCAGAGAAGACAGACCGCACCAACCCAGGUGAAGGUGGCGGAAGCCAAUAUGACCCCCUCACCCACCCCGGAUGCUUCCUUCAUCAAGGGGAGAGGGGGUGACGAUGCACGACUGGUGUGGAGUGGCGAGAUCAAGAAGAGUCUGAAAUAACCCCCUGCUCGCCUACCUUUUUGUUCACGCCCAAUUACCUGAAAUGCCUCCCCCUCUCAUGCAUGACUCAUCAUCCGAAACCGGGUGAAAAUGGACACUGAAAAAAUACAAAACAAUUAAGUGAAGAAACUAAACUCUUGUCUUUUUCUUGUGUUUAUAGCUAGAACAGUGAAACAAAAACA